AUGUCUAAAAGAAAACAAGUAAGCGCAGAGGAAAAGCGUAUUAGAAUGCUGGAUUUGUUUCACGAGAAGAAAGAUUUUUUCCAGCUCAAAGUAAAUUUAACAAUAAUUUAUUUAUAUUUUCAGGAACUGAUUACUUAAACAAUGUUUUUAUUAAUAUCAAAUACUGCAACUAGACAUUUUUAUUUUUAUGAUUUGUAUUAUUUAUAUAAAUAUUGAUUACAAAAUAUUGUAAAAAAUGGAUUGACUGUCUAGGAAUUAGAAAAAAUUGCACCCAAAGAAAAACAAAUUAUAGUACAAUCAGUAAAAGAUGUCAUCCAAAAUUUGGUUGAUGAUGGAUUAGUGGACACUGAUAAAAUAGGAACAUCAGUAUAUUUUUGGUCAUUUCCAAGGUAAUUGAUAAAUAAUCAUACUAUUUUAGUACAUAAAAUAUAUUUAAUAUUGAUUUAAAAUUUACAGCAAAACAAAAAUCGCUAAGAAAAAUCAAUUAGAUAAUGCAAGAUCUAAGUUGGACGAGUAUCAAAAAAAGCUUGACAAAAAUAUGGAAGUUAUCAAAAGAGAAAAACUAGAAAAUUCCAAUAAACAUGAAAAACAAGCCCUGUUGGAUAAACUUGAGGUUCUCGAAAAAGAAAAGUUAUUAUUAGAUAAUGAAUUAAGAAAACAUAAGGAUUCUAAUCCCGUAGAAUAUGAACAAAUGAAAAAUAGUAUAAAGGUAUGUAACUAAAGGUUAAAGUCUGGUAGUAGAAAAAAAGUCAAAAUAUUGAAAAUGCCAAAUGCAUAUAUUUUCCAUGGGCUUCUUUAGACUAAUGACCCGAGAUUGAAUUGAGAUUUUCUCAUGUUCUGUUAAGAUAUUGCGGCUUUAGAGGUGCACAUUCAAAUACUUGGACAAAUUGUAUUAUUCAUAGAUGCUGUUUGGCUUUUGGGGUCAAAACUAAACCUAUAUAUAUUGAAAAAUGCUAGUGGUUUUCUAUUGGUAUAGUGUCCAAAUAAAACAAUUAACAGUCAGAAUUUCAAUAUUACAAUUCUUUAACCUUCUUUAACAUGCCUUUUGGGUAGAUAAAUGAAUAAGUGUUAAAAUUACUUAUAUUUGUGAAGAAAGUUAAAAUAUUUAUUUUAACUGAAGAACAUUGAUAAGAUAAGUAAGAGCAUAGAAAAUAUAUGGAUUAUUUUUCAAUAUUUUUUUUUUAACCCUAAGAGGCAGAUUUUCAGAGAUAAAAAUUAGUCUCAGAAGGAAAUAGGAAAAUCGAAAAAAAAAAAAAAAUGAAACAUUGACAAUGCUAUUUAAACUAACAAUAUAAUAUGAAAAAAUUGCAUAAAAUAAACCUAAAAAAAUACUGCAAAAAUAUAUUGGAACAAAGAUGUACAUAUUUUGUAUUAAACAAAUAUUAUUUUUCAGAUGGCAAAAGACGCUGGAAAUCGUUGGACAGAAAAUAUAUUUUCAGUGAAAUCAUGGUGCAAGAAUAAGUUUUUCAUUGAAGACAGCAUCAUCAACAAACAGUUUGAGAUACCAGAAGACUUGGAUUAUAUAGAAUAG